AAUUAAAUAACAUCUACCACGGACAUGAAUGACCACCUCUGUAAUUUAUUGGGAGAAAAACACACCGAGAGAGACACUCUUGAAAGAGAAGUUGACUAUAGGCCCGUUAUUAUUUUCUAGUUUGGAAAAGUCGGUGGUAGUUACAUUCUGGAUGAUGUUUUUGUCCACACUAUACUUACCAUAUCCACUUAACCAUUUUUAAUUCAUUCAAUUCCACCAUUCAACUCAUCAUUACUUCAUCACUCAUUUCAGAUUCAGACUCAGAGUAACACUCACAAACAACAGAACACAACACACUCUCUUUAUCAUGGAUGGUCUCAUCAAGGGCUUGAUCGACGUAGCACUCGGCGGCAACAACGAUCGCGAUCAAGAUAACGACGAUGAUCGUCAAUCACGAGACGAACGAUCCAGAUCCUCUUGGGCGGAGGUCGUUUCCGGAGAUCAGGAUUCCGAUCACCGUCCACAGCCUCAGCAGAAGCAGGAGGAGUGGCAAUCCGAAGGUUCUAGAAUCUCCAAUAGACCUCACAACUACAAGAAGGAGGAAGUAGAACCAUGGCAAAAGGAUAGUAACCGUCAAAGGCCUAAUAAGUCAGAUGAAGAUAACAACGAUGGAUGGCAGACUGUGGGCAAACCUUCAAGACAGACACACAAGGUUCCAAAGGAUAACUGGAACAGCUAUAAACUUCCUUCUGAUGAGCAACAAUACUCCAAUGAAGUUGAAGUUGGUGCCAGAGUAGAGCCCUCAGAAGAUGAACUGGCUGAUCUAUCAAGGGCUUGUGAAAAACUCUGGGAACUGGAUUUAAGUCGUUUGAUACCUGGCAAAGACUAUGAAAUUGACUGUGGUGAAGGGAAAAAAGUUUAUCAAAAGGAUGAUAUGGCGCAGGGAAGCUUGUUUACAUGGGUUAGUGAUGAUGUAUUCCGAAAGCCUACUUAUGCUCGAUUUCUUUCACUGUUAGAUAAUUACAAUCCACAUCAAGGAUCUAAGGAGGUUGUCACAUCUGAAGAGAAACAAGAGCAAGCUUCUUUCAUAGAAGAAAUUAGUAGAACAGCCCCAAUAAAGUAUCUUCACAAGUUUCUUGCAUCCAAAGGAAUCACAUCAGGGAGUUCCCAAGAUUUCAAAAGAUUGUUGACCAGUUUGUGGUUUGAUCUUUAUAGCCGAUGUGGAACUUCUGGUUCCUCUUCCGCUUUUGAGCAUGUUUUUGUUGGAGAAAUCAAACAAAGCAGUGAAGUUUCUGGAUUUCAUAACUGGCUGCAGUUUUACCAUGAAGAAGCAAAUGGAAAAGUUGAUUAUCAAGGCUAUAUUUUUCCCCGUCGACGGGGUGAAACUCCUGACUCUGAAACCCAGCUUCUGACAAUUCAAUUUGAAUGGAAUGGUGUUCUGAAAUCUGUAUCAAGUACUUUGGUCGGAGUGAGCCCUGAAUUUGAAAUUGCUUUGUAUACCCUGUGUUUCUUCGCUGGUCAGGAAGAUAACCACAUUCAGCUUGGUCCAUAUGCAGUUAAUAUCAAGUGCUACCAUUUAGGCAAUCAAAUUGGAUCUGUUUUCCCCAUUGCAGAUUCAUGAAUGUUCAAUUGCAAGCAAUGAUAGUAGAGUUUCCCUGUUGAAUUGAAAUCAUAUCUUAUGCAUAUUUGGUGUGUACCUUGUAGCUCAUAGCUGUAAAAACAACAAUAUCAGUUAGAUCUACUAGUAUAUGGUAAAGACAGUAUUGAGGGGAGUAUACAUUUGAUACCUUUUUAUUUUUUAUCUUUGAUAGUUUGCAACUUUUUGGUAAUUCAUUACCACAAUUCAUUUAUGUUAUUGUGUAUUAUUGUUAAA